GCCUGCCCAAGCAAGGCCGCCUGGGAUCUCGCAGCCGCACUCCAGCUGCAACCGAGGCUCGCCGCCGCCGCGAGUUUCUGGCAAAAGCAUGGAGGAGGCUGACACGAAAGAGCUGCAGGUCGGCUCCUGGCUGCCGGUGCUGGUGGAGCAAAUGGUGAACGAUACCCUGGUAGUCACCUUGAGCUGCGGGGAGAGGCGGUUUACCGGGAUCCUUCUGGAUUGCACUAAAAAGUCUGGACUAUUUUGCGUUCCACCAGCUUCCUUACCAAAGACAGAGGAUCCUCUUAGCAAAAGUUGCACUAAUGGGAAAACUGAAGACAGACCAUCCAUAGAGCUGGAGGCUGACCAGUGGUGUUCAGAAGGAAAACCCACCAAGGCCAAUGGAGAGGAGCAAGUCCCGCCCCUCUUGCCUCCUCCACCAACGGGCAGUGUUCCUCCUUAUCCUCCCUAUUUUGAAGGAGCUCCCUUCCCCCCUCCAUUAUGGUUACGGCACACAUAUAAUCAGUGGGUACCUCAGCCACCUCCAAGAACUAUAAAAAGGACAAAGAGGCGCUUGUCCCGGAACAGAGACCCUGGGAGGCUCAUCAUGAGCACAAUUAGGCUGAGACCGAGGCAAGUGCUUUGUGAGAAAUGCAAGAACACUCUGAAUCCAGAGGAAGGUAUCAAAGCCCAUCAAAAUGCAAAAACCCAGAGGAAACUAAGCAUCCAAGAUAAGGAACAGAAAAGACACAGUGAAUCUGAAUAUGUAGAAAAAAAGAGCAAAAGAGAAAGGCGAGAGGAGGAAAAGUUUUCCGGGGAACAGCUGCAAAGGACUCCAGUUAUAAAAAUAUCUUACAGCACCCCUCAGGGAAAAGGUGAAGUUGUGAAAAUUCCCUCCCGCAUCCAUGGUUCCGGGAAGCCAUUUUGCCCUCAGCGACUUCUCCAGAAUGGUGGGGAGGACCAAGAAGAGGCCCAAGACUCAGAACAAGAUCAGGAAAGCAAAUGUUUUAUGGACAAGCAGUCCAGUGGGCACCAUGCUUCCAUUCCAAAGCUAAAGUUAACUAGGCCUGUGCAUUCCAGUGCAGAUGUGCCCCCUCCCAAAAUCCGUCUGAAGCCCCAUCGGCUCAGUGAGGGGGAUAAUGUUUCCAUUUACAAAGCCGAACUUAUCGAUGAGAUGAAUGUUCUUCCCAGCAGUGGAGAGUCUCCUGCGGCGACGGCAGCUGCUUUUUACAGUGAGUCUGCAGAACGGAGUCUAGCUGAAAUGUCUUCAGGGAGUUCCUGUGAAGAUGAUGACUUCAAAAGGUUUCCUCAAGGCAAAGAUGGACACGAUAACUUGGCUUUUCUCAUGAAUUAUCGCAAACGGAAAGCAGACUCUUCUAGCUUGUCAGUGUGCAGCAAUGACAGCCUUGAUGAAUCUAAAUCUUCCAGCUCAGAAGUACCAUCGCCAGAAAUAUGUGACUUUUUACCUGGGGAUGACGCCUCUGUCUCUUCAUCUUCUAAAGAUGACCGUAAAAUUGUGCCCCCACUGACUGUUAGACUACACACCCAAAGUGUCUCCAAAUGUGUGACUGACGAUGGUAGGACUGUUUCAGUCGGAGACGUUGUCUGGGGCAAAAUCCAUGGCUUCCCUUGGUGGCCCGCCCGUGUUCUUGACAUAAAUCUUAGCCAAAAGGAAAAUGGAGACCCUUCCUGGCAGGAAGCAAAGGUUUCAUGGUUUGGUUCUCCAACAACGUCUUUCUUGUCACUAUCAAAACUAUCCCCUUUUUCUGAAUAUUUCAAACUACGAUUUAACCGUAAGAAGAAAGGGAUGUAUCGGAAAGCUAUUACGGAAGCUGCGAAGGCAGUGGAACACUUGACUCCAGAAAUAAGAGACCUCUUAACACAAUUUGAAACAUAAUUUUGUCUUCAAAAACAAGUAACAGAAGACAAGAGCACAGCUGUCCUAGAGUUUCACAAAGUCUGUAAACAUCCUGACACGCUUCCCUCGGAGAAUCGUGAGGUUUCAUUGCACAAGGUGGCAGGAUAAGUUUCCAGACUGGCCUUGCUCAUCAUCUGUGAAAGAGAGCUGGCACCUGGAUUGCUUAGCAAGUCUUCCAGAGGCUGGUCUGACCAAAUGUCAUACGGCUACUUAACACAAGAGAAGCAACUUGACCAGUAGUAUCUCGAAGAAUUUGGGGUAGAAUGAAAUACUACACCUUGGAAUGUAUUUAUUACCUAUAAAAUGUUAGCUACUCUUUAUAAUUUCCCCCUUCUUCCUCUCCUCCUCCUCCCCCUCCUCC